AUGUCAGCUAUCGAAGUCACACACGAAGCAAAGGUUUGGGAUUGGCCACUUCAGAGCCAUGAAGGUGUUGUAAAGGUAUUGACAUCUUUGAAAUUCUUUAAAUAUUUCAAGGUUAUCAACACCAACGACAAGUUUGAGGUUGGACUUGAUGCUCAGUUUUUCUCACCGAAAGAAAUCGAAGUGAAAGUAUGUGGACAAGAAUUGCUGAUUCAUUGCAGACACGAGGUUGGUGGCUUUCAGAUUUUAUGA